AUGUCGACCCCGCGUCCGCACCAGCGCUUAGGCGACACCGCCUGGAGCAAGAUCCCCAAAGUCAACGGCGAGCUCUUCGCUCUGACCUACGGCUCGCUCGUGACACAGCUUAUCAAGGACUUUGAGGACCUCAAGGUCGUGAAUGAGCAACUCGACAAAAUGGGGUACAACAUUGGCGUGCGGCUAGUGGACGAGUUCCUGGCCAAAUCAGGCGUAACCACCUGCCAGGACUUCAAGGAAACCGCUGAAGUCGUCGCUAAAGUGGCGUUCAAGAUGUUUCUCGGCAUCAGUGCCGACGUGUCGCAGUGGAACGCCGAGGGCACGGCCUGCAGUCUUACGCUCUAUGAUAAUCCGCUCACAGAAUUUGUCGAGCUGCCACCGAGUGCCUAUGGCGUGUUGUGGUACUCGAACGUGCUCUGUGGCGUGCUGAGAGGAGCUCUGGAGAUGGUGCAAAUGCGUGUGGAAGUGCAGUUUGUCAAGGACGUGCUGCAAGGAGAUGAUGUCUCGGAGAUUCGACUGGAGCUCAAGGGGAUGAUGGAAGACGCAAUGGGGGACGAGUACAAAGAGGACUAG